CGCUCAACCCACUGUGUCCUCUUUAUCUGCCUCUUCAUCGCUCUCCAGCUCCCUCUCAGCUGAUGGAGCUUAUUGUGGACAAAUAGGCUUAGGAGCAUCACUAUGGCAACGGCAAAUCGUACAAAGCUACAUAAGCACUUCAUCAGGGGCCGUGAUCCAAUAGCUCCCAUUGGAGAUGGUGCCCCCAACCUCCUGCAACAAGUAAAGGCAGGCCAGAGAGGCUCAUGGGAGGAGGGGGGGAGACGAGAGAGAGAGAGAGAGAGAGAGGUGGAGAUAAUGCUGCGGGACUGUGAGAGGACGGGAGAAUCCAUUUCUCUCCUCUCUGCCUUUCGUUCAGACAGGCUCGUCUCCUCAGCGUCCAUCUACCCAUCUGAUGUCUGAGGACUUUUCUUCUUGUUUUCAGUGAUUUUGUUUCUUGUGGAGUCCCGAGAAAAAACUUCAGAAGAAGAAAAGGUCACAUCUAAUCAUUUCAGUGAUCAGGGCGGGCUGUGAAGGAGGACAAGGCCAUGGCCUCCUGGUUCAGCUGGAAUGAGCCGUACACACGGAGCCUCCGGCGGGAUCCGGCCGACGUGGUCACCGACACCCUGAUGCUGGAGCUCAGCUGGCAGGUGAAGGAGGCGGAGAGGCAGCAGAAAGAGAGGGAGAACGAGUACCGGCGCCUCCAGACCGGAGUGGACUACAGCUGGCUGGCCAGCACGCCUCGGUCCUCCUACAGCAUCAGCACCGGGGAGAGUCUCGGCCUGGAGGCGCUCUGCUCCAAGGUGCCGGCGCCCUGCUGCGGCCUGGUCAUACUCAAGUUCAGGGAAGUUAUGCAGGCCAAUGAGCCCGAGGUGCAGGAGGUGUCCGGCCUGUUUCGCUCCAUCCUCCUGGAGGUCCUGGAUCACCUGAAGGAGGAGCAGGAUGCGCAGCGGCUCGCCAACCAGUGGAACAACAAACGUGCCAUGAGCAUGUCCCUCGUGAACUUCAGGUCCCGGAUCAAGAUCAACCCGUUCGGGAGCACAGUGGGCCUGACCUCCAGGGUGACCGACGGGACGGCGUUGAGCGACCUCAAAACCGUGUCGGAGGAUGUGGAGAAAGGGACGGAGCAGUCGCAGAGGGCGUGGAGCAUGCCUGACUUCAGAUACAAAGGGACCAGCAGCAGUAAGGUUAUAUGA